AUGUCGCCAAACAGCUCGGAAAAGCCCGUCAAUCCCAAUGAGCACCUACACAUACCGAAGUGGGUGAAUGAGGACUACUUCCUGCCGAUCAUCCAAAAGGAUGUGGACAACUUUGACAAGAUCGUGAACUUUGUGCCCAUUGCGGCCACUGCGCCCGGCGACAACUACACCUCCAUUAUGAUCCGAGUCAUUGUGGAUAUACUGCUGAAAGAUGGCAGCGAGCAGAAGGUGUCGUACAUUUUGAAAACCAUGCUGGAGGCAGACAGUGGAGCGGAUGUGGUCAAUAACAUGGGGCUGUUUCCCAAGGAGAGGAAGAUGUACGAGGUGCACAUACCGCAGUUCGUAAAGCUCUACAAGGAGGCGGGCCUGGAAAUCGAGUUGGCACCCAAGUGUCUCCAUGUCGAGGCCACCGCCGAGUUGAUUACCCUGGUUUUCGAGGAUCUGAGUCAGCAGAAAUUCAAGAAUUUCGAUCGGCUAAAGGGAUUUGAUCUGCCGCACAUGCGCCAGGUGCUCCGGAAACUGGCCGAACUGCAUGCUGCAUCCGUGGUGGCCAAGGAAAUAAAUGGCCCCUACGAUCCCAUGUACUAUAUGUCCAUGUACAACGAGCAGAGUCGGGAUCUCUUUGAGGCUCUGGGUAAGCUGCGACAGGACCAGUACAUCAAGGCAAUGCGCAACUGGGAGCUCGAGAAUGUCGAAAGUUUUGUCUCCCGAUUGUGGAGCCCCAUGGAGGUGUUCGAGAUGGCUAUGAAUAUCAACCAGGUGGACGAGAACGAGUUCAAUGUGCUGAACCACGGGGACUGUUGGGCCAACAACAUAAUGUUCAAUUACAAGGACAAUGGCGAGAUCGAUAGGACCUUGUUCGUCGAUCUGCAGAUAGGCAAGUGGGGCAGUCCGGCCCAAGAUCUUUGGUACCUGAUCACCACAUCCGCCUCGCUGGACAUCAAAGUCAAGGAAUUCGAUCACUUCAUUCACAUCUAUCACCAGCGCCUGGCGGAAUGCCUAAAGCUGCUGAACUACUCGAAACCCAUUCCGACGCUCAAGGAUCUGCACAUCAUGAUGCUGAAGUAUGGAUUCUGGGGUCCUCUAACCUCCAUGGGUGUGAUGGUGGCCACACUUUUGCCCACGGACAAGGACGCCAACAUUAAAAUGAUGAUGGCCCCAGGACCCGAGGCCGACGCUGUGCGAUACAAGUCCUUUAUCAAUCCCUACUACGCCAAUGCCAUGAAGCUGCUUCUACCUUUCUUCGAUAACAAGGGACUCCUGAAGUCCAACUAGCUUUAAUGCCGUUUUUCAAUUAUGGUGUAGCCCAUUUGCUGUGAUAUCAUAUAUCAUAAGCACAUGCAAUAAAUAAGAACUUUAUUUAACUAUCA